AUGCAAGAAUAAGGUAUGUGUUGUGAUGGAACUAGGUCUUUUUUAGGUACAACACUAAAAGCACCAUAAGUGAUAUUUAGAAAGACAGUAUCUAUUGAUGUGUGUAUGAUUUAUUUUAUAAAAAGUAGAGAGUCCAGAUUAAAAAGAAUAGUACAUCAAAGAAUCUAAAUUAGCAGUGUCCUUCUCCUCACCUCCAAAUUCAGGUUGUGAAAAUUGUUUACCAGAUGAGGAAGUAAUUUCUUAUUACAUUCCAGAAGAUAAUCAUUCAUAUACUAGCUACAAACAUGUUCGCUUCUCUGAACCAUCAGAUAAGUAUUCCUAUAGAUAUAUAACAAGAACUGCAAAUAUUCCCUAACAUAAAUAUAGGAGAUAACGUUCCAUUCCUAUACCAGAAAAAGUUCAAGAAGAUCUAAUAGGAGAAUCUGCAUAACUUUCUCCAAAUUUGAAGGCUCACAUUUAUAACAAGAAUAGUUAAUAAACUAAAUAAAAAAAGAAUAUGACUCCAGAAACAGAAAAUCAAUUUAAUUUCAAUGCGUUGUCUCUUUAAAAUAGUUUUUGUUGUAAAACCAUCUCAUCUUAAGAGUAGAUGGAUUAAACUAAUUAAAUGGCAGAUGAAUUAGUCAACAUAGUUAAAAAUUAUUUAAACGAUAUUACAUAUAAUGAAAAACAUUUUACAUUUGAUGAAUAAGAGGAUGAUUAUAGAAAUAAAUUUAAUUUAUAACAAAAAGUCUUAAAAGUAAUGUGUUAUGAUAAAUGUAGAAAGCAUUAGAACAUUUAAACUUUAAGAUGAAUGUGACAUUAUGUUCUCCUAUUUCAAGAAUUUCAGCAACUUCUCCUCAUUUCGAAGAUUUGCAUAUAAAUGUAAAAGACUUAUAAACUAAAAUUGAAGAAAUAAGUGAUACGAAUGAUCUUCUGAAAGAUAAGAUUGAAAUAUAGGAAACUAAAUUGCUUGAGUAGUAUGAUCAAAUAAAACAAAUGCGAAAAAAAAUAUCAGAUCUAGAAUUAGAGAAUAAGAAUCUUUUAGAGCAAUAUGAAUAAGAGCAAAAUAGAAGAAAGAGUUUAAAUGAAUAAAUAAAUUAAUAAAAAUAAUAAUUAGAUGAUAAAAUUAAGACUUUACAAUGUUAAUAAUUAAAAAUACAUCAAUUAGAGUAAUUGGUGGAGAGAAACAAUAAGAAAAGCAAUCAAGAUACAUAAAAUUUAAAUAUAAAUUGGAAUUAAUUGAAAACCGGAAGAAGACAUACUAAUUCAUUUCAUGAGGUAUGUUCUUCACCAAAUGGUAAUAAGUUAGUGAUUGUUAACAGUAGUACAAAUAGUUCUUAACAAUCUCCUAAGAAUACGUAAAUAUAGAAUAAUGAGAAAAUUGAAAAUUCUGAUAAUACAACUUACUUUGGAUCGAUUAUAAAAGAUAAGAAAUAAGGAUAUGGUAAUUUGAAGAAAGGAGAUAAAAAAUUAUACAUGGGUAAUAAUGAAAUGGGUAAAUCUAGGUUUUUGGAAGGAUGAUAAUUUCAGUGGAUUUGGUCAUUUGAAUAAUGAAAAAAUUGAAGAAGGAAUUAUUGAUGUGCUUAAUUUAAAUACAAUAGGAAAUAAGUGGAUUAGUUAUUAAGGAGAAUUUUAAGAUGGCUUAUUUCAUGGAUAUGGAAUUUGGACAUUUUGUGAUAGUUCAAGAUUUCAUGGUUUAUUUCAAUAAGGAAAAGCAAAUGGAAGAGGGUAACUUUAUAUAUUUUCAAAUUAGUACUUAUUAUACAAAUCUUAAUACUAUAAAAGGAUUUUGGAAAUAAAAUAUUAAAAUUUGA